CAUCUGUGAGCGGGUGACUCCCAGGUUGUCCCACGCCAACUCGGCCGUGGUCCUUUCCGCCGUGAAGGUGUUGAUGAAGUUCACGGAGAUGCUGUCCAAAGAUCUAGAUUAUUACGGGACUUUGCUGAAGAAGCUGGCUCCCCCUCUGGUCACUCUGCUCUCGGCGGAACCGGAACUGCAGUACGUGGCCCUUCGGAACAUCAAUUUGAUUGUUCAAAAAAGGCCUGAAAUUCUCAAGCACGAGAUGAAAGUCUUCUUUGUGAAGUACAACGACCCCAUUUACGUCAAGCUGGAGAAGCUGGACAUUAUGAUCCGCCUGGCCUCCCAGGCCAACAUUGCACAGGUGCUCGCUGAGUUGAAGGAAUACGCAACCGAAGUGGAUGUGGAUUUUGUCAGGAAAGCUGUCCGGGCCAUCGGCCGAUGCGCCAUUAAGGUUGAGGUGAGGCCUUGGCGAGAAAAAGAACAUGCCGCUGAAUAA